AUGCGUGAAAUUGAACUCGCCUUAACACAUGAAGCUGAUGUCAUGUCGGAGACAUCGUGGCUCGAACUCGUUCGUACACCGGCCAACCGCAAGCGCACGCUUAUCGCCGUCAUUGUGGGCUGGUUCGCUCAGUGGAAUGGCGUGAAUCUGAUAAGCUAUUAUCUCACACUCGUACUUAAUACCAUCGGCAUCACAAAGGCGAAGGACCAGACUUUGAUCAAUGGUCUGUUGCAGAUCUCUAACUGGCUUGCCGCCAUCUUUGUUGGAGCUCUAAUGGUCGAUCGCUUAGGACGUCGUACGCUGUUCUUGGUCUCAACCGGCGGAAUGCUAGUUUCCUACGUCAUCUGGACAGCGCUUACUUCGCACUUCGUCACGACUCACGAUCAAUCAACCGGUAAAGCGGUAGUUGCCUUUGUCUUCUUCACAUUCUUCUUCUAUGCUAUUGCCUGGGCGCCUCUAUUGCAAGCAUACAUCGUCGAAAUUUACCCUUACACACUUCGAGCCCGAGGUGUGUCGACUAUGUACAUCGCAACCUUUACUGGUCUAGUUCUUGGAAACCAGGUCAAUCCCAUUGCUAUGAAGAGUAUCGGGUGGAAGUAUUACAUUGUCUUCUGCUGCAUCUUAGCCGCUCUAGUGGUCAUCAUCUGGUUUCUCUUCCCGGAAACGAAGGGCUAUAGUCUUGAGGAGAUCCGUGACGUUUUUGAGGGAAAGUCUGAUGGGAAGACUUUGCAAGACAAGCUGGCUGAUGUCGAGAACGGAGAUAUAGAUGAAAAGCGGCCAAAGACAAGUGAUCGGCCGGUUCACACUGAAACAGCCUAG